UGAUGGAAAAUGCUGGAGUGAGGCUCCUUGCUUCACAGACAAGAAAUGGCAAAGUCCACCUUCCUUUCAUGUUGUCCCUUCUGCUCUGCAUCCUUCCUUUGGACAAGCCUGGGGGUAACAAGAACAUCAGCCCCUCAGGGCUUGUAACUUGCCUGAUCCCUCUCCAAGUAGGAUGUGAUAGCUCCUCUUUGGGAUUGGAAGAUGAUUCAAUAAUUGUGCCCCAAGGCCAGCAAUGACGUCCACCCCUCGUCCAGCAUCAGAGAAUAAGAACUUCAGAGGAAGGAAUGCAACUUCAUAAAUAGCAAACCACAGACACUAAUGGGGAGCAGAGGCAAACCUGCAGGUUAAAAAUUCCUUGCAAGAGAAGCCCAUCCACCCACACUGCCUGGAGACUCCAAGAUGAUUCCAGCUCUUGCCUUUGCUUUUCUCCUCUGCCUCUCUUGUCCUUUUUCCUCAUGUCAGCAGAGAAGAGCAGGAGUUGAAGUUGGGCCAGAGAUGCUGGAAGAGAUGAGAGAAACCAAUCGUGUGCUGAUGGAAGUGAGAGAAUUGUUGAAACAGCAGAUUAAGGAGAUAACAUUCCUGAAGAACACAGUCAUGGAGUGUGAUGCCUGUGGCAUGCACACCGAGGCGACAGGCCCUGUCGUCACUGUCACACAGUUCAACAGAUGCCUCCCCAACCCCUGCUUCCCCGGCGUGUCCUGCACCGAGACGGCCACCGGGUUCCGCUGCGGCCCCUGCCCCCCGGGCUACUCAGGCAACGGGUCCCACUGCACAGAUAUCAACGAGUGCAACGCAGCUCCCUGCUUUCCGAAGGUCCAGUGCAUUAACACCACUCCCGGCUUCCGCUGCGAUCCCUGUCCCCCCGGCUUCACCGGGCAAGCGGUGGAAGGGGUUGGAGUAGCUUAUGCCAGGGCCAACAAACAGGUCUGCACUGACAUCAACGAAUGUGAGACAGGUGCUGCCAAAAACUGUGUCCCAAACUCCAUCUGCAUCAACACCCGGGGAUCCUACAAGUGUGGGGCUUGUAAACCUGGCUUUGUUGGGGACCAAGUGAACGGCUGCAGGAACCAGGCAGUGAGACGCUGCCCCAACGGGGAAAUCAGCCCCUGCCACGAGAAAGCAGAGUGCAUCGUGGAGCGGGACGGGUCCCUGUCCUGCGCGUGCCAGGUGGGGUGGGCAGGGAAUGGCUACGUCUGUGGGAAGGACACAGACAUUGAUGGGGUCCCUGAUGAGAAGCAACGCUGCUCUGACAAAAAAUGCCGCAAGGAUAACUGCCUGACUGUCCCCAACUCUGGCCAGGAGGAUGCAGACAGGGAUGGGAUUGGAGAUGCGUGUGAUGAUGAUGCUGAUGGAGAUGGGAUACCAAAUACUGAGGACAAUUGUGUCUACACACGCAACGCGGAUCAGCGCAACGCUGACAAGGACAACUUUGGAGAUGCCUGUGACAACUGCAGGCAGGUGAAGAACAAUGACCAGAAGGACAUCGAUGGUGAUGGGAAGGGAGAUGAGUGUGAUGAUGACAUGGAUGGAGAUGGGAUCAGAAACUCCAUGGACAACUGUAAAAAAGUUCCUAACCCUGACCAGAAAGAUGCUGAUGGGGAUGGAGUAGGAGAUUUGUGUGACAGCUGCCCAACAGCCAGCAACCCUGACCAGAAAGACACUGAUCACGACCUGGUGGGAGAUGCCUGUGACACCAACCAGGACAGUGAUGGGGAUGGCCACCAAGAUUCCCGGGACAACUGCCCAACAGUGCCCAACAGCUCCCAGGUGGACACGGACAACGACGGGCUGGGAGAUGAAUGUGAUGAUGAUGAUGAUGAUGAUGGAAUUCCAGAUGUGAAACCUCCAGGCCCUGACAACUGUCGCCUUGUCCCCAACCCUGGCCAAGAAGACUCAGAUGGGGAUGGUGUGGGCAACCUGUGUGAAGAUGACUUUGACAGAGACAUGGUGAUUGACAGAAUCGAUGUGUGCCCGGAGAACGCAGAGGUGACACUAACGGACUUCAGGGCUUUCCAGACGGUUGUGUUGGACCCUGAGGGUGAUGCCCAGAUUGACCCCAACUGGAUUGUCCUCAACCAGGGCAUGGAAAUUGUCCAGACCAUGAACAGUGAUCCUGGCCUGGCUGUAGGUUACACGGCGUUCAACGGAGUGGACUUUGAGGGCACGUUCCAUGUCAACACUGCCACAGAUGAUGAUUAUGCUGGCUUCAUAUUUGGCUACCAGGACAGUUCCAGCUUUUAUGUGAUCAUGUGGAAGCAGAUGGAGCAGACGUACUGGCAGGCAAACCCCUUCAGAGCCGUGGCAGAACCCGGAAUUCAGCUGAAGGCAGUGAAGUCCAAAACAGGCCCGGGUGAGUAUCUCCGGAAUUCCCUCUGGCACACUGGAGACACCACGGAUCAGGUGAAACUCCUGUGGAAGGACCCUCGCAACUCUGGCUGGAAGGACAAAACCUCCUACAGGUGGUUCCUGCAGCACAGGCCUCAGGUUGGGUACAUCAGAGCUCGUUUCUACGAAGGCCCUGAAGUUGUAGCAGACACUGGAGUUGUCCUUGACACAACCAUGAGAGGAGGGCGCCUGGGAGUCUUCUGCUUCUCCCAGGAGAACAUCAUCUGGUCAAACCUGCGGUACCGCUGCAACGACACCAUUCCAGAAGACUACGAAACAUACAGAGUUCAGCAAGAUUAACCUCCCAUUUCAACAUCUGCCCAGCAAAAUCUGCUUUCACACUUGCUCAGCUGCCCCACUCCUGCUCUGAUCUCCUGUAUAAAGAACUGGAAGUAAGGAACCACCGCACCCCGCUGCGCACCACGCUGCUCCCCACACCUCUCCUACAACACCAACUUCCCUUAAAUCCUACCCAAAAAACCCCCCAACCCAAACCUGCUGGAAGGGCAGAGGUGUAAGACAGCAAAUGUGAGCAGCAGCCUGUGCUGCUGUCCACACCAGGUGGAGAAAGAUGUGCUGGGAAGCAACCUGCAGUAGCUGGGAUUGUUCCCAGGAAGUUUAGCACUGGGAGGAGUCCCAGGAAUCUUUCUUUUCCCUACUCAAAGGCUCUCGAGUGUGAGUGUUUGCUCUCCUUUUUUAAGGAGAACUGGUCUGAAAAGGACACAGAGAGCAGCCUGUGUACAAGUUGUUCAGAAAACCUUUAAAAAAAAAAAAAAGGAGAGUGUCUUUUGUUCUGGAAUGUUGGAUAAAAAAAUACUUGGAAUGUUGGAUAAUAAAUGAAAGCCUCCUCCUUGGUCACCUCCA